UUUAAAGUAGGUCAGACAUUUAACAACAAAUUCUUACAUAAUGUAUUUUGAUGCUGUGUGAGCAAGCUGAGAAAAAAUUGCAGCUAUGACAGAACAGUAGAAAUAACACCAUAUUUCCAUCUGGUGAGUGCUAAGAAUCAAAAUGGCGUCACCUCUGAAGUAUCUUGGAGAGAUAUUUGUCUGCAUUGUAACGGUUGUGCUUUACGCUGAUACUCUGCCAAGUGGACACAAGUACACUUAUGAUUUCAACGUUUUUCCAACCGCUGAGUGUCCUAAAAACAAAUCAGCUUUUCAGAAAGCGUCAGAGAAAAUGAACUGUUCGGAAGGACUUCGAUAUCUCUGCGCACCUGAUAGAUAUCUUGCAUCUCUUAUUGAAUUCUGUACUAAUCGAAAUAGGAGUCCAUUUGCAAAAGGUAACUGUGUUAGGUUAGAGAGCAAAGGUGAUCUUAAUCAUGUCAACUGCGAAAAAAGUUUCACAUACGGAUGUCCGGAUGGAUUCUACUUUGAUGACGAAAUAUAUAGAUUUCCCAGUUGCCUUGAAAUUAAUACACAGAGAAGAUGUUUCAUCGCUGAUCGAAACUGUUCUGUAGAAAAAUCUGAAGAUGCAUCUAUCACAACUUUUACCACAGAAUAUACGAAGACUUCAAAUGGAAAUACCACUAGAACAUCUUCUAGAUCUGAAGACUCCGUCUUGAUGAGCAAAUUACUGCAGUUUGGCUUUUCCAUUCUGUUCCUUAUUCCUGUGUCCGUCUUGCUGAUCUGCACUGUUCAAUGUUAUAAAAAAAAAGUUUAUGGGAAACUUGACGAAGCACAACCCUUCAUAUCGAACCCUGAUACGGCUGUUUUAGAGUCCUUAAAUAGAGAAAAAGUAAAGAAAUACCGAUUAAAAGAUAGUGAAAAGGAAAGCCAAAUGUGGAGUACCCAAAGAAGAGGAGAAGUAUUAUCUUUACACCCUGAACAGCGUUCAUUUCUUUAUUCGUUUAUAUUUAUGGACAAUAAUAUCGUAAAUGUGUAUGAUGAAAAAUGGAUUGAUCUGCUGAAAAAGAUAAGAAAAGAACUUAAACUUGAGGAAGCCAGUAAAAAAAACUUGAGGAAGCCAUUAAAAAAUACAACUGUUUUAGACCUUCUUACUAAAGUACAAAGUGACUACAAAUUGAUUUCUUCUGAUGUACUGGAUGAACUCUGCUGGUUUUUUCAUCGUCAAGCAUUCCAAGACAUUAAUCAGGCAUAUGACUUUAAUUUUGAAAAUCCAAACGCAAUGUUGAUUUCCAAGUUUUACAGAUCUACCGAAUACGAGAAACAUCCAGGUGAAAAAUGCUUUUGUUUGCCGAUCCAGUACAUAGACAAGUUUUUAGAUGUUCUCGGAGAAAGUGUUUUAGAGCACAUAACAAUCGAGGACAAGUCCAUUCAUAAGAAAAUUGCUGAAAGAUAUAAUCUGCCUAUAGAAAUUUUGGGAUGGGGAAAAGAUGGAAUAAAAAGAUUCAUUGCGUACUUAAAGGAAGGCAAGGAACCGGUUUAUCACACACGAGGAAUGAUUAUAGGUUGUGCAGGAGCUGGAAAAACGACUCUUUUAGGACGAUUGAAAAAUCAAACAAUGCAUGAAAUUCAGCAUAUAUUACCUACAGAAGGCCUAGAUGUUCAUGAGGAUGUAUUCAAAAUUGAAAACCACCGACUGCAGUACAAUGAGGAGAAAUAUUUAUCAUCUUUCAACAUCCCUUCUGGAAAAGUUGAAAUGAAGACAAUAGACAUAUCCACAAAUUCAACUGAAAAAAGCCCAUUUCGAUUAGAUUCAAUCGAAACUGAAAAUAGAGAUGUGGAAAACUCAUUUCAAAGGGUUUAUCCCGUGUCUUCAAUCAAGGACAUAAAUGAGAGUGACGACUUUCAGGAUAAAGGCGUUACCGAAAAAAAGAGGAUUUCAUUUGAUAUUAAUUACGACGAUGUCCAACAAAGAGAGGAUCAAAAUGAGACGAUUACGGAAGACCUUUGUAAAGAAGAAGAGACUCGGAAUAAAGAUACACCCCAGAAAACUAAAAGUUGUACGAUCAAAUCAUUGUUUCCAAGCAUGUCAAGCGUUUCUUUUCAUGGGGAGCCUACCUUGAAUCUCAUAACUCUAUUAGACUUUGCUGGGCAAUGUGCCUACUAUGCUUCUCAUCAAAUUUAUCUUAGUCCCAUGGCUUUCUAUAUUUUUGUGGUUGACAUGUCAAAACAAAUAGACAAAACCGCUGAUGAAGAAACAUGCGAUCAAAAGGACACAAUAUUUGAGGGAUGGGAAUAUAGGGAUUACUAUUCAUUUUGGAUGAAGUCUAUACAUUUAUACAGCGGCCCACAUGCACCUGUUAUACUUGUCGCAACGCAUAAGGACAAAUUGCCGGAAGAGAAAAUACAAGGCGUUUUUGAAGGGGUCAAGAGGUUCUUCUUGAAGGAACUUAAACAUAGUUCGCAUGUGCGUGAAGACAGAAUAUUUUGUGUAGGUUUUCCCAAAGAGAACGUUUCACUUGAAUCAGUUGAGGAGAUUCAAAAGGCGAUUGUUGACCUUGUUUUCUCAGAAAAAAAUGUUUUACAUUGGGGAAUUGAAUUGCCAUCUUCUUGGGUCAUUUUUGAAAAAGAAAUUCAGCAGCAGAAGAGAAAAGCAAAAAUGAUCUCUAUGUCACAGUUGUGCAUGUUUAACGAACAAAUUCAUGAAAGGCUUCAGUUUAGCGAAUCACAACUAAAAGAUAUGUUGAGAUAUUUUCAUGAAAUUGGAAUCGUUGUAUAUUUUGAUAUGGAUGGCUUACGUGAAACAGUUAUACUCGAUAUUCAGUGGUUCGUUGAUGCUUUCAAACACGUGAUAACGGCGAGAACAUCAACAAAGUUUGCAAAGAAUAUAAAUGAUUUGCACGAAACAGGCGAAUUGCACGACGAUCUGCUAGAGGAAAUUUGGAUGAAAGACGAGUCUUUCUCGGAGCACAAGGAUGACCUCCUUAAUUACAUGCAACAGCUCGGUAUGAUUGUUAAAGCCAAUCCAACAAAUAACAACGUUUGUCAUAUCGUUCCAUGUAUGAGCAGAAGAACACCCGGAAGAGAGAUCUUCGAAUGCUAUAGAAAAUCACCGAUUUUAUGCUUUAAACUUGAUUCUCUCCCACAUUUUGUUUUUCUGAAAUUGGCAGUUGCUUGCAUGUGUUCACCAGGCUGGGGGGUCAGACAUGAGAAAGAUAAUCGGAAAUGCAUAUAUCGGACAUGCUGUUUGCUGACCUAUGAUAAAACAGUUUUAGCACUUUACACAACGUUUGAUAAUUGCAUUGAAGUUCAAAUGCUGGAGAAAGAUGUUGACCAAUCUAGCAUGCACUCAAAAAUUCAAAUCAAAACGAAGAUCACUGGAGAACUUCAUGCAAUUGCAAAAACAUUUCACACUCCUCUUCACUUUUCACUCGGAUAUAGAUGCAAGAGAUCAAAUUACCUAGAUAGCUGCAACGAAUCCAGUUUUCUGAAAGAGGACAAACUGAAGAACCUCAUCGAUGACAGUCGUCCAGUUUGUCACGAUUGUCCAAUAACUCAAGAGCAUAUUGUCAAUGUUAAGGACAUUUAUUUUUAUUGGAAUAGGGAAAGAGUUCAUGGGGAUUCCUCAGAGAGCAGUGUUGGGAGUUCAUUCAGCAAGUCAUUUACUAGUCCAACAUUGCCAUACAAGGAGGAAAAAACAAGGGAGUUUGGUAUUGAAAGGGACAAAGGUUUCGAUUCCAUCCGCAGCGCAUGUUCUAAUGGGAAUUUAAAACAAUUUGAAUAUGAACUUAAAAUGUUCUUAAGUAAUUACCAAGACAAACAUUUGAUGCGGAUGGAUAGAGAUGGUUUUAAUUUGAUACAUUUUGCAUGUGAAGGUGGGAAUAUCGAUAUUCUUAAAAAGUUACUUCUAAAGGGAUUCAAACUUGAUACAACAACUUACAGUGGAAGAACCUGUUUACACAUAGCAGCGUUGAGGAAACAUUUGCAGGUGUGCGAGUUCAUAGUAUCCAGUCAACCUAAUAUCAUGGAAUUUGAUGACAAAAGAGGUGGAAACGUAGUACAUUUUGCGGCUGAAGGGGGUGAUGUUGAAAUUCUAAAAUACUUUAUUAGCAAAGACGUGAAUGUGAAAAAAACAACAAAGAGUGAAAGAAAUAUUUUGCACAUAGCUGUAUCAAAUAACAGAGAGGAAAUGUGCGAAUUUAUUGUAGAGACAUAUCCAGAGCUUCUUAAUACUCUAGAUGAAGAAAAGUGGAACCCCCUUCACUUUGCUGCUGCAACCGGAAAUACUGAAAUUUUCAAACUUUUGAGUAAACAUAACUUGAAUGUUUUCGAUAAAACUAUCGUAAAUGACAGUGUUCUCCAUAUUGCAUGUCAAAAAAGGAAACUAGAAAUGUGUUCAUUUUUAGUCACAACAUAUCCACCUUUAAUAAAUUUCAAAAACAAAAAAGAGUGGAUACCGAGCUUUUCAGCAGCAGCUGCUGGAGAUGUUGAAAUUCUAGAUUUAUUGAAAGAAAAAGGCUCCAAUGAAAAUCACCAUGCGUAUGACAGUCACACGAUACUUCAUAUUGCGAGUAAAUAUUCAAAUUAUGAAGUAUGCAACCGCAUAGUGAAUCUUUACCCUGAAAUGGUGCAUGCUACCACAGCAAGGGGAUGGAAUGCAUUGCAUAUGCUUGCGGCUGGUCCACAAAACUCUGAAAAAUCAGAAGACGAAGGAAUAAAAAUAUUCAAUCUUUUGGUUUUCCACCAAGCAGAUGUUAUGAAAAAAACAAAAAACGGGAGUUCUGUUUUGCAGCUUGCUUGCAAGAAUAAAAAAAAUAGUUUGUGUGAGCACAUAUUGAAUAAUUAUAAAGCCUUGUUAAACAUUCCAGGCAUCGAUCUGAUGCAAACUGCACGAGAUACAAAGGACGAUCAGAUGAUCGAAUUAUUCGAAAAUCAUUGCAAGGAUAUGUGAAAAAAAAACAGCAAAUCGAGUGUUUCUUAAUCGAGAAGUAGGAAUGCUUUUUGACGUUCAUGUCACCCGCUGCAUACUUAACGAAAUACCCCGGUAUUCCUUACAACAGGGCAUGGCGCAUAUGUACAAUAGUGACUGAUGUGAAUUUACGGUCGUAAAGAUUAAAGGUAUUUAAAUCAUAUCUAUAAACACAUAUUUAUCCGGAGAACCUUAUAAAUGCUGGAAUUUAGAAAACAAAAAACUUUCCUUCUAAGGAACACUCACCAAAAGUAUGAUAAUGAAAAAUGAUAUAUCCCUUUUUCUCUUAUAAUGAUCUUAUAAAGGAGCCACAAAUAAUUAAUAGCAGGAGACAGACACUCAAUUUAAAGAAAAUCCUUACAAGAUCAAAAUUUUCAUCAUUUUCACCAGCAAACUGAACACGUGUACGAGUACACAAACAACCAAUUCGUGACCCUUAUAUAAGAAAAACGCAGUGCAUCGAACACUUUAGUAUCUGUGGGAAAGGCAGUUUUAAAAUAUUUCCAAUUUUUUAAAGCGCAAAAACUGCGAAAUAUCCAGAGUAGCAAAGAGGGACGUCACAAAGAACUAUUAUUGACGUCGCGCUUAUGAAAGCUACCGGUAUGUUACUCAUUUUGUGACUGCUUUUUUAUCGAAUCUCUAUUUGUUUUAUAAUAAUGCUUUUUUAUGAUCGAAUCUCAAUUUCUUUUAUGACAACAUUAUAAAGAAAUAUUGUAUAGGGGGAAAUAACUCGUGGUGUUAAUAUUCGCUAUAUUCAUGGUGUAAAUGAAUCCGUCAAUUCAAGAAACAGGGAAUAAUUAUUCAAUAAUCUCCAUGUUUUAUGUGGAAAUUUGAGACUACGAUUGGUUUAAACAUAUGUACGUGCACUACAUGGUCAUUCCAGAAACUACGAGUAGUACUUGUUGUACGGUCAAGUGGUUUUUCGCUGCGUUGUAAUUAAGAUCUUGGGGUGUAGAUGCACACAUAGUUGUAGGAUACAUAUGAAUGUCAUUUGACGUUUUUAGUCAAGGACUUUUGAUAACUGCACUUGUUUUAAUUACCGGUAAUCGUCAAUUAUUUAUUAAACCUUACUAUUUUAUAUUAACCUUCCCUGUAGUUCGCGAAAUAAAGACAUAACGCUGAUUAAUGUCGUAUACAUGUAGCUAUAUGGUAUGGAUUAAACAGAUAUAUAGACAAGGGGGGUAACUUUAUUAUACACCAAUUCCGCGAAUUAAAGAAACCGCGAUCGUGUCAAAUGAGAGAGAAAAAACGUGAAAAUUACAACCCGUGAAAUUAAUUCCCUAUACAGUAUACAGCUACUCUUAUCUUUUCAAAAAUAAACUUAUUUUUUGACAUUUAUAUUUAUAUUCUCAAAAAUGCUCCAAAAUAUUGCAAUAAAUGUCAGAAAUUCAUUAUUUUCCAUGUACUAUAUACAAAUGCACUGUAAAAGUGUUAAUAUUUUUACAUAAUUCUGUACUUCUACGUCUUUGACAAAAAAAAAAUUUAUUGACUCACGCUUAAAACUGCAUGUUAAAAUGUACAAUUUUAAUUAAAGUAUUUGGCAAACUUUGCAAUUCUAAUAAAGUUAGAUAUAUUGGGUUUCAAUGAUGUAAAAGCAAAGUAAUUCUCCUUUGAUUAUCAUUUAAUAAUCGUGUC